AUGUCUUCUGCCAAGACCCAAUUCUUCGACCUACCCGACUCCGGCGGCUGUCGCAUGGCCUACCGGACCCUCAACUCCGCCUCUUCCCGCACACCGCUGUUCCUGAUCAACGGGCUGUCGGCGGUGAUGACCGACUGGUCGCCCCUCUUCGAAUCCCUCGCCGCCACGCGUCCCGUCGUCAUCUCCGACCAUCGCGCUAUCGGGGAAUCCACCGUCACCGAGGAAUGGGACCAAGAGCUGACCCUCGAAUCCAUGGGUCUCGACGUGCUCCACCUCGCCUCUCACCUCGGCUACACCACGAUCGAUCUGCUUGGAUUCUCCAUGGGUGGCCAUAUCACCCAAGCUCUCCUCUCAUCUCCCUCUGCGACUGUAGUCGAUGGACUCGUCUCCCUCGCCGGGGUCAAGAUCAGAAAAGCGGUCUUGUCGGCAACUAUGACCAAACUCCCCCGCGGCGACGCCAACCUGAACGAACUCAACGCUGAAGCCGAAAAGAUCCCCGAUAAGAAACAACGCAACGAAUUCAUCACCGAACAAAUGAUGCGUCUCCAAUACCACCCCUCUGCACUCGACUCCAACCCCACACUCCAACGGAAAUUCCAAUCCCGUUUGCGUGAAGUCCGUCAAACCUCCCGUCCAGCUUGGAUCAUCGGUCUGCAAUUCAUGGCCAUCCAACAAGCGGAUCUACGAAAACAACUCCACCGCAUUCCCUGCACAGUACCCGUCCUAGUCAUUCACGGUAAACGAGACAGGAUGGUCCUCUGGAACGAAAGCGAACACAUCCUCACUGGUAUCCAACACGCUUCACGACUCACCACCCCCGACGAAGAGUUCGCUCACUUCUGGUACGACUACUUUGACAUUGAUUUCUGGUCUACGAGCAUCGUCAACUUCCUAGAUGACCAAACGAAAUCCAAGCUGUAA